CCUGGGCAAGGUCGUGGCCUAAGGGCGUAAAGUUCCGAUCACCUUCCCUCAGGGGAUUAAGAGGCUGGACAAGAGCCGGGCUACUUAGGAUCCCUCCCCAGAGCCUGGCUCCAGGUUACUAGGGACGCCGCGCCCUUAGUAACCAUGAUAGAGAAUGAGGAAGGGGUAUCGACCGUGGACAAUAUAGUCUCACAGUUUAACACUUACGAAGAUUUUCUGGACUCGCAGAUUACCACAUUGGACCUCUAUUACCUGGAGGAUGAAGACCUGGCCCGCCAGCUGGUGGAGCUGGGAUAUAGAGGAACUGGAGAAGUAGUGAGAAGGGAAGACUUUGAAGCAAGGAAGGCAGCUAUUGAGAUAGCAAGACUUGCAGAAAGGAGUCAGAAAAAGGCACUGGCUAGUGCAGGCAAAGAACUGAGAGACAAUUUUUUGAAAGCACUAGCACAAAGGGAGGAUGACAACCGUACUGGAAAAGUAACUAUUCAGAAAAACCAUAGAACUUUCAGGAAGUUCCACCAGCUCCACAAAAAGUCUAUAAUCUUCAUUCGUGAUCGAAAUGCACACGGUCAGGAGCUGUCUGGUUAUAUUGACUACGCACACAGGCUUAAGAUGGAAGAUUUCGAAGUCUACUUCACUGGGAAAAGAAAACUGCUUCCAAGGCCCACUGAUUUGAGCUUUUACAACUGGGAUAGCCACGUUGCUAUUUUGAACUCAAGUCCUAAUUAUCAAGUGAUUGCUGAAAACUGUGAUGGUUUGCUCUUCAAAUACAAGAGAGAUAGGAAGAUUAUCAAUGUAGAUCCAAAGGUUCACCCAGGGGAUAACUCUACCAGGACUCCUAUCCAAACGGACCUCUACCUGCAAGUUGUCAUCUAUGACCAUGUUUCUCGAAGAAAGACUUAAACAUCAACAUACUGGGUCAUUUUCUGUUUCCUUGCAAUAAGUUUAAAUCACAAGACUUGUAGCUAUGAGGCAAAUAAAGACAUUUGAAGAGA